GUGCCUGGUACCUAUGCGGGCUGCUCUCAGGAGACAAGCAGGAAGAAAAUGAAGCAUCUGCUCUGCUUCCUGGUUUUGUUCCUCAUUUCUGGAGUAGGAAGCUUUGAUCUUGUUAUCGACGAAAUCCCAGAUGAAGUGGAAAACCUGAUCGACCUAGAAAUCGAUGGAUUUCCUUCAAGUUCCAAGAUGAGAAAUGGCAGGUACCAGCGAAGCACAUCUGACUGGGGGUAUGUUGGAGAUCUGGUGGAGGAUGAUGACAAGAUAGGUCUUUACAGCUACAAAGUUCAAUCCACUAUAACGUCACGGUUGGCCAACACGAUGAUCCAAGCCAAAAUGGUGAAUAAUGCAAAGCGGUCCCAGCACAUAGUGUUUGAUGUACAGGUCCCCAAAGGAGCUUUUAUCGACAACUUCACCAUGGAUAUCAAUGGUAUAACAUUUACCAGCAGAAUUCGGGAAAAAUCUGAAGCCAGAAAAAUGUAUGCUCAAGCAAAAGCCAAAGGCAAAGCUGCUGGAAUAGUAAGGAGCAAUGCCAUGGAUAUGGAAAACUUCAAAACGGAGGUGAAUGUGCCCCCAGGGAUGAGGAUCCAAUUCGAACUUCACUACCAUGAAAUGAUUCGAAGGAAACUGAGCUCCUAUGAACAUCUCAUCUCUGUGAAGCCAGGACGCUUGGCAAAGCACAUGGAGGUGGACGUCCGUAUUAUUGAGCCACAGGGACUUCGCUAUGUGCAUGUUCCUAAUUCACUCGGAGAUCAUUUUGAUGGAAUCACCACCAUCUCCAAGGGAGAGAAAAAGGCUCAUGUGUCUUUCAAGCCAACGAUGGCUCAGCAACGCAAAUGCCCCACAUGCUCAUCCACAGCAGUAGAUGGAAAUUUUGUGGUGCAAUACGAUGUGAACAGAGAAACCACAGGUGGAGAACUGGAAAUUUUUAAUGGUUAUUUUAUUCACUUCUUUGCUCCGGAAAAUCUUGAUCCUCUGCCCAAAAACAUUUUAUUUGUUAUAGACGUCAGUGGCUCGAUGUGGGGACUGAAAAUGAAACAAACCAUCGAGGCCAUGAAGGCCAUAUUGAGUGAGCUCCGUGCUGCUGAUCAGUUCUCCCUUAUCGACUUCAACCACAAUGUCCGAUGCUGGAGAGAUAACCUAGUGUCAGCCACCCCAGCGCAGGUGGAAGAUGCUAAGAAGUACAUCCAGACAAUCCAUCCCAAUGGGGGCACAAAUAUCAAUGAAGCUCUUCUCCGAGCCACAUUCAUCCUGAACGAAGCCCAAAACUUAGGCAUGUUGGACCCUAACUCAGUCUCCAUGAUUGUAUUGGUGUCUGAUGGAGAUCCGACAGUAGGUGAGCUAAAGCUGACGACGAUCCAGAAGAACGUGAAGCAGAGCAUAAAGGAUGAAUUCUCUCUUUUCUGCCUUGGGAUUGGGUUUGAUGUGGAUUACGAUUUCCUGCAGAGAAUCGCAACUGACAACCGUGGCAUGGCCCAGAGGAUCUUUGGAAACCAGGAGACUUCUGCCCAAAUGAAGAAUUUCUACAACCAAGUCUCCACCCCGCUCUUGAAGAAGAUUCAGUUCAACUAUCCCCAGGAGUCAGUGUCAGACGUCACCCAAAGCAGCUUCCACAACUACUUUGGUGGCUCAGAGAUAGUAGUGGCUGGGAAGGUUGACACGGAAAACCUGCAGCACUUGGAAAGCAUCGUCACAGCAACAGCAGCAAAUGCAGAGCUUGUACUGGAAACCCUGAGAGAUGUUGAAGAGCUGGAUGGCUUCAUGAAGAAAGAUAAAUACGCAGAUCCCGAAUUCACUAGGAAGCUGUGGGCUUAUCUGACCGUCAACCAGAUGCUGGCAGAGAGAAACACAGCCCCUACUGCAGCUUUGAAGAGGAACAUCACCAAAUCCAUCCUACAGAUGUCCCUUGACCAUCAUAUUGUUACCCCCUUCACAGCCAUGCUGAUAGAGAAUGCUGAAAAGGAUGAGAUAAUGCUGGCAGACCAGCCCAAAGACCCCAGAAGGGGCUGCUGCCCAGGUCAGUGUCUCAGUCUGUCCAUUACUCUACCUCUCA